CCUCCCCUACCCCAAAAGUCAACGCCUCCUCUCUCUCUCUCUCUCUCUCUGUACUUCACCUCCUCCUCUUCUUCUUCUUCUUCUUCUCUUCAGCCUCCUUUUCUCUCUAUCUCUCUACCUCUCUACUUGGCCAUGAAACAUUACUGGAAGUGAUUUUAGUGAAUACCCAAAUAUAAAAAAAUUAGCUUUUCUCUUUUAUCUUCUUUUAUUUUCAAUGGGUAAUGGGUUUGGUAAGCUUACAGUCUGUUUCACUGGAGCUGGAGAGGCUCGCCGGCGACAAGAUAUAUCGGUGUUCUUGUCCGACCCACUGGAUGAAGGCCUGGGUCACUCUUUUUGUUAUGUUCGCCCAGACCCGACCCGUCUCUCCUCUUCUAAAGUCCAUUCAGAAGAAACCACCACGUUCCGGACUAUCUCUGGUGCCUCCGUCAGCGCCAACACAUCAACGCCUCUGUCCACGGCGUUUAUAGAUCCUUAUGUGUAUAAUACUAUUGACAGAGCUGCAGCUUUUGAAAGCUCUACUUCUUUUGCGUCGAUUCCUCUUCAACCAAUUCCGAGAAAUCUUGUCGGUUCAAUUAAUUCGGGUCCUUUGACAGGGAGUACGGGUAUGGUUCCGGGUUCGGGUCCUUUGCUAGAAAGAGGGUUCCUAUCUGGUCCAAUUGAGGGAGGAUUUAUGUCGGGUCCAUUGGAUCGUGGGUUAUUCUCGGGUCCGCUUGAGAAAGGUAGUUCUGAUCAGUUUCAAAGAAGCUUCUCUCAUGGCGGUUUCGCUUUUCGACGCAGAUCGGCAAAGAGGUCACUGAUUCGGGUAUUGCAAAGAGCAAUAUCGAAAACACUGUAUCGAGGGCAGAAUUCAAUCGUGGCACCUAUAAAAGGCGGAGUUCUUAAAGAACCAGAUUGGUUAGUGAAUCCAGAAAAGCAACAUAACGAGAAUUUGACUGUAAGUAGCAUUAAUACUUUGAGUCAUGAUGGUAGUUUAGAAGAUGAUGAUAGUUUUGAGAGCCAAAAUCUUCAUUGGGCACAAGGAAAAGCAGGGGAGGAUCGUGUACAUGUAGUUGUAUCAGAAGAACAUGGUUGGGUUUUUGUUGGAAUUUAUGAUGGAUUUAAUGGUCCAGAUGCUACUGAUUUCCUCUCCACUAAUCUUUACUCUGCUGUGCAUAAAGAGCUUAAAGGAUUGUUAUGGGAUGAUAAAUUUGAAUCUGCUAAAAUCUCUGCCCCUGUAUCCUCCCCUGUUCGAUUGGCUGAUGCUAAUCCAAUUUCAACAUUGGAAAAUGGUUUACAAACUAGUGAAAGUGAUAGAACUUGCGGAAAUGAUGGAUGUUCAAGCCAGGACUCGAGUUUUGAUUCGAGUUGUAAGAGAAAAAAGGGAGGGAAAUAUAGAGGAAUUGCAAAGAAAUGGGAAGAGAAUCAAAUGAGAUGGAAGUGUGAAUGGGAUAGGGAAAGAAUAGAGCUUGAUAAGAGAUUAAAAGAGCAAUUGAAUCGAUCCAGGUCGGAUAAUGGAGCUAUAAAUCAUACAGAUGUACUAAAAGCUCUGUCUCAGGCUUUGAAAAAAACAGAGGAGUCGUACUUGGAUAUUGCUGAUAAAAUGUUAAUGGAGAAUCCAGAAUUGUCUUUGAUGGGUUCUUGUGUGCUUGUAAUGUUAAUGAAGGGAGAAGAUGUGUAUGUCAUGAAUGUGGGUGAUAGUAGAGCAGUAUUAGGGCAAAAAGCAGAGCCUGAUUACUGGUUAGGGAAGAGUAGGCAGGAUUUGGAGAGGAUAAAUGAGGAAACUUUACAUGAUCUUGAAGCUUAUGAAUGUGAAAGAUCAAAUUCAAUUCCAACUUUGAAUGCCUUGCAACUUACUGUUGAUCAUAGCACGAGCGUGGAAGAGGAAAUUCAAAGAAUAAAGAGUGAACAUCCGGAUGAUGUUUGUCCUGUGUUGAAUGACCGUGUCAAAGGUUCAUUGAAGGUCACUAGGGCUUUCGGUGCAGGUUUUCUUAAGCAGCCUAAGUGGAACAAUGCACUUCUAGAAAUGUUCAGAAUUGACUACAUUGGCAAUUCCCCGUAUAUAAAUUGUUUACCGAAUCUCCGCCACCAUAGAUUAGGCCCUAAAGACAGGUUUUUGAUACUUUCCUCUGAUGGGCUUUAUCAGUACCUAACAAACGAAGAAGCUGUCAAUGAGGUUGAGCUUUUCAUCUCCUUACAACCUGAAGGUGAUCCAGCACAGCAUCUGGUUGAGGAGGUGCUAUUCCGAGCAGCCAAGAAAGCUGGUAUGGACUUUCAUGAAUUGCUCGAAAUACCACAGGGUGAUCGAAGGAGAUACCAUGAUGAUAUUUCAAUAAUCGUUAUUUCUUUAGAGGGAAGAAUAUGGAGAUCAUGUGUAUAAGUAGAGAAAAACCACAGAUAGAAGAAAUAUAGACAUCUGCAAGGAGGCGGAAAAAUCAGGCAUUUCCUUUUUGCCAUUUUGUCUCGUUCUUUCUUUCUUUCUUUCUUUCUUUCUUUUUUUUCCUUGUCACCUCUGUAACAACAAUUAAGUUUCCAUGAAAUGAGUGUUUUAGGAACUUAGUUGUGCAAUGUAGUGGGUGAUGAGGAGUGUAAAGUUGUAAAAGCAGUAGGUUCUUCUUGAUGAUUAUAUAUAUAUAUAAACUGUCAUAGAAAAUUGUAAUUUUCUACUAAUAAACGGCAUUCCUUUUGAAAAGGGUUUUGUUCCA